AAUAAUUCAAUAAUAUUCCCAUGCGAAACAUUCCCCAUCACGGACAACAAAAGCCGAUUCCGAAUCAGUUACAGUUAAACCGUUUCGCCGGCCAUUAACCAAACAGCUCUCAUCUUCCGUCCCUAAACUCCAGGAAAGACAUCCCAUUUAUCAUUUUCCGCAUCGACCCAACUUCCAAAACCUUCCCUCAUUCUCCAAUCUUCAAAAUUCAAUUUUUAUUCCUCCUUCAAUCCAAUCGGAAUCAAUGGCGAAAGGGUCCGGCCGCGUCCGCUUAAACAUUGGCGGUAAGAUCUUCGAAACCACCACUACCACUCUCGCCAAUGCCGGCCGCAACUCCAUGCUAGGCGCCCUCCUGGACGAAGAAUGGAAUUUCGCCGCUGGUGAUGGCGAUGCCUCAGAGUAUUUCAUCGACCGCAACCCGGAGUGCUUCUCCGUCCUCCUCGACCUCCUCCGUUCCGGCGAGCUCCACCUCCCUCCCCACCUUCCAAACAAGCUCCUUUACCGCGAAGCCCUCUUUUAUGGCCUCCUCGAUCACGUCCGAGCAGCCCAGUGUGGUCCAUUUGACGGCAACCUCCUCCGCCUCUCCUCCUCAGUUUAUGGACGCGCACCAGGAGACGGGACCGCCAUCCGCGCAGCGCCCGAUGGAGGAUGCUGCGUCGCACACGGCAGCAUUGUUCACAUCUACGACUGGAUGCUCGAAGAACACCGCCCAAUCAAUCUUGACUACCAACGAAUCAACGAUGCCGGCUACAUUGACUCAGACCGGAUCGUCAUCACCGCCCGUGAACGACCGGACCGUGCUGGCGGUGGUAUGGGGCUCUUCUCCUCCUCCUCCGGCGAGCUCCACCACCGUUUCCAUGUCUUCCACGACAAUAAAGCUAAGACCUUCACCGCCGGCGCUCUCAGCUUCAGCGAUUCCCAAUUCAAGAUCUUUGCAAGCUGUAAAGGCCGAUGCAAUGAAUAUGGAAUUGGGGUUUGGGAUCAGAACACCGGAAACCAGUCUGAUUUCUUCUACGAGCCGCCGGGUUGUUCUUUAGGCGACGCCGAUAAGUUGCAGUGGAUUAAAGGCGACAGCUUUUUGAUGGUGGCCACUCUGUUUCCAAGAACAGAUAACUGUUUCAUUGGGAUACUGGAUUUCAGAGAGAAGAACUUGGUUUGGUCAUGGACUGAUGAAGAAAGAAUGGCGGUUGCUUCUCUUGAUGAGAAGGGAGUUCUGGAUGCAAUUGUUAUGGAAGAUAACAGGUCCAUAUGUGUUGUGAACCAGUAUGAGGAUUUGGGGUUCUUGGACCUAAGGAGUAAUAGAGGAGGGGUUAGAUGGAGCUCAAGGAGCAAGCUUACGAAGGGCAAGGUUAGGGGAGAGGAGAGCUGUUAUCCAAAACUGGUGAUGAAAGGCGGCCAGCUAUUCUCUUCGAUGAACGACAGUAUUUCGGUGUUCUGCGGGCCGGAGUGGGUGCUAACGUCGACAUUGCGGAGGAGUGCCGGAGAUUCUAUCUGUGAUUUUUCGAUUGGUGGUGAUCGUUUGUUUGCCUUGCAUAGUGAGGAGAAUGUGUUUGAUGUAUGGGAGAGUCCAACUCUCCCAAUUGUUUAAUGUAUGGAAGCUCAUUACAGUGAAUGGUUCUGAUAAAA